GUACAUCGAAGAGCGUCUACACUCUAAAUUACAGGGAUUUAAAAUUUAAAUCUUAAGCCGGAUUUGAAUGAAAUUAAAUCCAUAAAGAUUGAUUUUUAAUCUUAAAAGAUUGCUAAACUGGUUCUUAAUCCGAGUUUCAAAUAUAUUUUUUUCAAUCCCAAAAGAUUAAAAAAAGUUCCGAAAAUUAACGGCAAAUUGACCAAUCCUGGCGAUAAGAUUUUGUCACAUGACAUGUGACAUCAUGCGAGCGGGAAUACUUUUCGAUCUGCGAUCUGAGCUACCGUCGACGUUUGAAAAUGGCUGACAUGCUAAAGGCGUUUUUAGAGGAAACGCUAGGCCCAAAGGCAGGGGAGACAGAGCGAAUAUUAGAGGAGAAUGAUGUUGACCUAGAGGUUCUACGCACAAUGUCAGAGGGGGAUCUUGAGAAACUCGGAAUAUCGUUUGGGUUGAGACGAAAAUUGACUCUGGCAAUUAGAAAGUCACAAAAACAACUGGAGAGUACCACUGAUGAAGUCGUUAUACAUGAUGUUCCAGCAAGUUCUGAUAGCCCAGUUCCCAAGAAAUUGAAAAGUGUGAUGAAUCUCAAAGAAGCAAUGAAUAAUUCAUCUGAAGGACGAGAGCUAGUGAAGCAUCUUGAUGGUGGUUCUACAUUGUCUACCAAGCAAAGGAAGGCACUAGUGAAGAUGGCUGUUGGACAUCUUGUGGACCUACAUGGCUUGUGGCCACCAUCUAAACAGAAGACCUUGUUGGCUAAAGAGAUAGUUAGUACAUGGCCUUCAACCAAAGAUACCACACCUGGAAUGGAAGGGCAUAUUGAUUGGAUAAAGUUUUCACCACCUCAUCGUGGAUAUAUGUCUACGCACACAGAGUAUUUCCAGGACACGCACAAGUACAGACGGCACAUCAUUAUGGAUAGUGGUAAUCCUAUCACUAUUACAGAAGUGUUGACUUUGUUUCCUAGAUAUCAAGAUAUUCCCCAGUUGAUUGGAAUUGAUUUCUCAAUGAUGCACAAAGCUGAAUCGGAAAAGUUCAUUACCCAAUGGUCAACCUUGAGAGAGAAAAUCAUACUCCUGGGCCAGGAGGAAUAUCAUAGCGUCAAGCAAGUGAUAGAGCGUUACCAAGAUACGGACAGAGAUCUUUGUGCACUUCUGGUGACAAAAUCGAAGGUCAACUGUAGCAGGUCUGCUGCAGUGCAGUACCUGAUACAGCAUGUGCCAGCAGGAACAAACAUCGAGGAAGCUAUAAACCAGAUCAAGAAGGAAUACAGGCAGCCCCUCAUAGUGGCCCUCGGAAAGGAGACGGGAGACGGGAGACAGAAGCAGUACUUCUUGUGCCUUGACAGCAUUCCUGUGAGCGCCGGUUCAACAGUAGUAGAAGCAUUUGACAAGUUAUUCAAAUGUUUCUUUAUCUUUGGUGUUAAUUAUCCCGACAUCCUCUCCCAUUUCUAUGAUUAUUUUGCCUCAUUUGUCUAUGAAAUUUGGCCAACCCAUAAGGUGAAGCCUAUGGUACGUUCAUUUGCAUGUGCCGUAAAAUCCUCUUAGUUUACUUUUAUCUAUAGAUCUUAUGGUCAAGAUAGACUUUACCAUCAUUUAUUUAGAAUAGCUACCAGAACAUACUAAAAGUUUAAGAAAUUUAAAGCAGUAAAAUUUAGAAUUAGCAUCUUCCGUAUGAGAAAAUUCUUUUCCCUAUAGAUUUCCAUGAAAGUGCCACAAUAAAACGAUGAUAAUGAUUAUAUUCAUGUUUCCAUCGACCACAUUUUUAGCUUUAUAACAUGAAAAUUAUUUGCCCAAUAUUCAAAUUAACAUCAGCGAACAAAGGAUAUUCAUAUUUUUCAUAUAUUUGCAUAUGGGUACCAUAUUAAAAUAAUUCAAGUGUAAAAAAAAUAUGCGAAUAAACAUGAUGGGAACAUUUUUAAAUAUUCAAAUAAGAUUCCUUUGUUGAAAUUAUUAUUUUCUCUGUAAAAUUGCAUUUAUUUUUUUAUUAGAACAAAUAAUUUGUCCGAUCUGUUUUGAAGUUCAGCAAACACGACAAAACACGACAAACACAUUUUGAAAAUAAUUCAUUUUUUUGUUGAAUAUGCAAAUAGGCUUCCAACAAUAGAAAUGAACAAAUUCAUAUUUUCAUCAUAAUUUUGAUUUUCAUCUUUAAUUUGGAUCUCAGUUGCCUAUUAAAUGUGUUAAAGCCAGUGUGUUCAAUGUCUGUGAAAAUGAUAGACAUAUUUUCGAACCAAUAGUGUGAUCAUUAUUUGCAUAUUAUGCAAAUUUUACUACUUUCCACUUCUUCAAGUUUCCUAAACUUUUAGAGUACGUUGUUCUGGUAGCUAUUUUAAGUAAAUGGUGGUAAAAUCGUUUCUGUUGCGAUUUGUUUUGGGUUAUUAUCCCCUCGCCGACAAAGUCAGAGGGGAUAUAGAAACGCUGCUGUCCGUCCUUCCGUGCGUCUGUGCGUGCGUCCGUGCGUCCGUAACAAAUUUGGUUUCCGAUCAAUAACUUUAGUAAUAUUUGACGAAUUUUAAUGAAGUUU